AUGUUGCAUCUGUUGUGGUUGCUGGUGUUCUGUUUUGCUGUCAGGGGCAAAGAGAUUGAGAGCUUGGUGAACAGCAAUUGGACAAAUAGGUCUGCAAUGAACCAUGAUGAGAGAAGUACCAGUGACUCAAUUUUAAAUAUAAUCAGCUUCACUCGUGUUCAGUGCACUGGAGCCGGUGGUCUGCAAGGAACAUGCUAUUCAAGGAGACAGUGCUCCGGCUUGCAAGGCACACUAUCUGGGACCUGUGCCUAUAAUUUGGGUGUCUGCUGUGUCAUUUACAGGUCAUGUGACUCAUCUACGAAUAACAAGGUCACAUAUUUCACCAACCCUGACUUACCUACACCAUCUAGAGAAAACUUAAACCCGUUCUGCCCCCUCACAGUCUCCAAGAGUAACAAAAAUAUUUGUCAGUUACGUAUCGACUUUCUUGACUUCAGUCUUGCUCAGCCAGAUGUGCGUGGCCAAUGUGUUGAUGACUACCUUGAAGUAAUAGAUGGCAUUACAGCAGUACCUAAAAUCUGUGGUGAAAACGCCGGCCAUCACGUGUAUGUGGACUUCCACCCAAAGAAUACCCAAAUAAAAUUAAACAUUGUAACCAGCAAAUCAGCAUCCGGCAUUCCCAAGUGGAACAUGAAGAUCAGUCAAAUAGAGUGUAACAGCCCUGACAAAGAUAGAGGAGACAUCCUGCAGAUGUAUCCAUUGUCACCUUCCAUAUCUUAG